ACAUACGAAAAAGAAAGUGAGAUAAUAAUCCACAAAAAAAAAAGCCUUGUUUUUGCCAACGUUUUAGACGAUCAAAUGGCUUACAUUUACCAAAUUUCAGCGGUUGUGUUUCUAGCGGUUGCGAUUGCUCCGCUAUUAGCUGUACCACAGUCACCGAUGUUUCCCGAUAUGACUCCUGAAUGUGCCACGGUGAUGCCUGACCUGCUCGAAAAGUGUUUCGCAACCGGUAGUGUGACGCCAACAGAAGAUUGCUGCACCGAUCUAAAAUCCGCAACCUCAACACAAGUCACUUGCCUUUGUGAUAACUACAUUGCAAACCCGGCCGUUGCGAACAUCACUGGACCUUACUCUGACGCAAUCACAUCCAAAUGUGGCGUUCUCGACAAAUUCUCUUGCGACGGUACGAGUAAAGGAGGAGAAGAAAAGAAAGGAGGAAGCAGCAAUAGCAACGGCAAAGACAAUGGCACGAGUCACGGCAAUGGAGGAGCAACGAACAAGGUUGCUGCAUUAAUGGCUCUGUUUGGUUUGGUUGCAAGUCUGGUCUUCAUCGAUCAAUGCAAGUCUGACCCUUCUCUUCUCACUACUCCUUCCCUCUCCUUCUUCCGCGACUAUCUCGAGAGUCUUGGUGCUAAGAUACCUACUGGUGUUCAUGAAGAAGAGAAAGACACCAAACCGAGGAGUUUCGUAGUGGAAGAGAGUGAUGAUGAUAUGGAGGAAACUGAAGAAGAGAAACCUAAAGUGGAGGAAGAAGAAGAAGAAGAUGAGAUUGUUGAAUCUGACGUAGAGCUGGAAGGAGACACUGUUGAACCUGAUAAUGAUCCUCCUCAGAAGAUGGGGGAUUCAUCAGUGGAGGUGACUGAUGAGAAUCGCGAAGCUGCUCAAGAAGCUAAGGGCAAAGCCAUGGAGGCCCUUUCUGAAGGAAACUUUGAUGAAGCAAUUGAGCAUUUAACUCAGGCAAUAACGUUGAACCCGACUUCAGCUAUUAUGUAUGGAAACAGAGCUAGUGUCUACAUUAAGUUGAAGAAGCCAAACGCUGCUAUUCGAGAUGCAAACGCAGCAUUGGAGAUUAAUCCUGAUUCUGCCAAGGGAUACAAGUCACGGGGUAUGGCUCGUGCCAUGCUUGGAGAAUGGGCAGAGGCUGCAAAAGACCUUCACCUUGCAUCUACGAUAGACUAUGAUGAGGAAAUUAGUGCUGUUCUCAAAAAGGUUGAACCUAAUGCACAUAAGCUUGAGGAGCACCGUAGAAAGUAUGACAGAUUACGUAAGGAAAGAGAGGACAAAAAGGCUGAACGUGAUAGACUACGUCGCCGUGCUGAAGCACAUGCUGCCUAUGAUAAAGCUAAGAAAGAAGAACAGUCAUCAUCUAGCAGACCAUCUGGAGGCGGUUUCCCAGGAGGUAUGCCCGGUGGAUUCCCAGGAGGUAUGCCCGGAGGAAUGGGCGGUGGUAUGCCUGCAGGAAUGGGCGGUGGUAUGCCCGCAGGAAUGGGUGGUGGUAUGCCCGGAAUGGGCGGCGGUAUGCCAGGUGCAGGCGGUGGUGCCGGUAUGCCUGGUGGUAUGGACUUCAGCAAAAUAUUGAAUGAUCCUGAGCUAAUGACGGCAUUUAGCGACCCAGAAGUUAUGGCUGCUCUUCAAGAUGUGAUGAAGAACCCUGCGAAUCUAGCGAAGCAUCAGGCGAAUCCGAAGGUGGCUCCGGUGAUUGCAAAGAUGAUGGGCAAAUUUGCAGGACCUCAGUAAACCAAACAACAAGUUUUCUUCUCUUUGCCAAUUUCUGUGUUUAACUGCGUGAGAUAAGAGAUAUGUUGGAGAAUUUUUUUUUUCUUUUAUGUUUUCGUUGCAGAGGAACUUAAAACAAGAAACAGAGCUCUUUUAG